AUAUAAUAACAUCUUUUUCUAAUCCCAUACAUAAUAAGUAGCCAACGUAACCAUGCAAGUUCCUACCCUAAAAUGCUCUCUCCUCUCCUUCACCUUCACCUUCACCUUCUUGCUAGUCCUUCUAUCCUUAAACCCAGCUUCUUCGGCCGCCGUCUGUAACACAGAUGACCAAAAAUCCCUCCUAGAGAUCAAAUACCAUUUCAACAAUGCCUCUACUUUCACCACUUGGGAUCCUAACACCGAUUGUUGUACUAAUUGGUCAGGCAUCCAAUGUGAUGCGCAAGGCCGUGUUACCAUGCUUGCUACUAGCAUUGCUGAUGAUGUUGUAGGCGAAAUCCCACCAGCCAUGGGUGAACUCCCAUACCUCCAAUUCCUUGCCUUCUCCAACUUACCUCACCUCUCUGGUACAAUUCCCUCAUUCUUAUCAAAACUAACCAACCUUCAACACCUUGAUCUCAGCCUCAACAACCUCACAGGUCCGAUACCGGACUUCUUAAGCCAACUCAAGGACUUAGACGACAUCGAUCUCUCCUCCAACAGCCUUACUGGCUCAAUCCCUUCAUCCCUUUCCCAACUACCCAAGCUUAGAACCAUUAACCUUGGUACAAACAAGCUCUCUGGUCCUAUCCCACCUUCACUUGGCUCUAUCAAGACCUUGGUUCAAAUUUAUUUAUAUUCUAAUAGCCUCUCAGGCUCAAUCCCAUCUUCUUUAUCCCGCCUUCAUGAACUCAAUGAGCUUGCCUUAUGGGAUAACAAGCUCACGGGUACUAUCCCGGCAUCAUUCGGCUCGUUUCGAAACUCGGAUAUUAGCCUCGACUUGUCCUCCAACAAGCUAUCUGGUUCAAUCCCAAGAUCAUUUGGUAAGGCCAAUAUAACACAGUUAGAUAUCUCUAAGAAUAAGUUUACUGGCGAUGCCUCGUUUUUGUUUUCUAGAGAUAAGACGGUGUUGAGCUCCAUUGUUAUGAGUAAUAAUCUUUUCAAGUUCGAUUUUUCUAAGGUUGAUCUUCCCUUGGGUUUGAAGAGAUUGGGUAUAAGUCAUAAUAUGAUACUUGGGUCACUUCCUAAACGACUUGGUCAGUUGCCAUUGUAUAGAAUUGAUGUGAGCUUUAACCAGCUUUGUGGGAAGAUACCAACUGGAAGAAGGUUGAAACAGUUUGAUGCAGCUAAGUUUUCUAAUAACAAGUGUUGGUGUGGUCUGCCAUUACCACCUUGUAAUUAA